AUGCCUGACGCUAUGGUUCACCUGCAGGGUUAUCAGUUGUUCAGGAGGGAUCAUGUUGGCAAGAUUGGUGGAGGGGUCGCCAUCUUCUUGGAAUCAUCUCUGCAUGCCAAAGUGCUAAAAUGUUCUGAUGAGGUGUACAAUAGUAGGCCCGAGUACUUGAUUGCUGAGAUUUCGGUGGCUGAUGCGUCUAGGCUGCUUCUCGCUGUUGUGUAUAGGCCUCCGCAUUGUGGAUAUUUAGGGGAGUUUUUUGAAGCGUUUUCCGACCUUAGUUUACAAUACAAACAUGCAAUUAUUUUCGGAGACUUCAAUGCUGAUCUUAACGCCUCGACGUAUGACUCUAGACAGAUAUUCGAUUUUGCAGAGUGCUAUAAUCUAUAUCUGGUCCUGUACAACAAUACUCAUCAUACCAGGGAAUCUGCAAGGAGGUUGGAUUUAUGCUUGGUGGAUGAUGGUGGGAAGGUGGUCCAUUUCGGACAGCAUGAUAUCAGCUGGCUGUCCGCGCAUGACCUCAUUCACAUCAAGUACCAAAUAAGGAUCGAGCGACAGCGGCGUAGGAAGAUUUAUGUCAGAGAUUUUAGAAGCUUGGACACGGCGAGACUCCUGAGGGAUUUGGAUUCGAUUGACUGGAGCGAGAUGUUUGAGACCGACAACAUUGACACGAAAGUUGAAAUUUUUAACAAAUUAACAUUGGCUACCUUUGAUCGGCAUGCACCAGAGAGACUGAUAGAAGUGCGUGGUCUGCCUGCGCCGUGGAUGAGUAGUGAGUUGAAGAGGAGAAUGCUGAGAGAGACAGAGCCAGAAGAAGAUGGAGGAAAUGCAGAAGAUCAGAGAGAGGUUUGGAGCGGGCUAAGACAUCUUGGUCUCGUCAAAGCAAGACCGGUGGAUCGUUCUCUUGAUUUCACUCUGGAGGAAUUAAAUAAUUACUUUGUGAGAGACGCUGGUUUCGACUCAGAUAGGAUUUAUUUGGGUGAACCUGAAUAUGGUGAUGAGAAAUUCUAUUUUAGGCAUGUGGGGCUGGAGGAAGUGUCAGCAGCAGUGUUGAGAAACAAGUCUCCUGCAACUGGUGUUGAUGGUCUCUCUGGUAGGCUAGUGAGGAUUGCCUUACCUAGUGUCUUGCCGGUCUUGUCGCAUAUCUUCAACUGGUCUUUAAUGUGUGGUACCUUUCCCAGUGUAUGGAAGGCUGCAUUGGUUGUACCCCUACCAAAAACUAAGUCGCCUUCCUUGCUUCAGCAUUUCAGGCCAAUUUCCAUACUAUGUAAUGUGUCUAAGGCUCCUGAGCGUCUGGUUGCUGAUCAGAUUAUCAAGUAUCUGGAUUCUAAGAAUCUGUUUGAUAUUCAUCAGUUGGCUUAUCGGAAGGGGCAUUCGACUCAGACUGCGCUGAUUAGAGUACUGGAUGACAUUAGGUGUGCUGUCGAUCGUCGUCAGAUUACUGUUUCGGUCUUCUUCGACUUCUCUAAGGCCUUUGAUUGCGUUUCACAUCGAAUUCUGAUAGAUAAACUGAAAUCAUUACAUUUACCAAACUCGGUGCUGCGCUGGAUUAGCUCCUACUUGGAUGGUAGAAGUCAGGCCGUGAGAGAGCCAAAUGAGAGGGCGACGUCAUCUUUCAUUGAUGUGCAUGUGGGAGUGCCGCAGGGUUCGGUCCUUGGGACUCUGCUUUUCUUGUUGUUCUUGUCUGAUUUCGGGGGAAUUCUGCGCUAUUGCAAGUACGGUUUCUACGCAGACGAUCUAAUGAUCUAUCUCCAUUGCGAUCCUAAAGAGCUAGCCGACGCCGUGCGAAGGAUUAAUGAGGAUAUUAAGCGGAUUACCGAUUGGGCUGCAAGCAACAAGCUACGACUGAACGCAAGCAAGACUAAGGCAAUGUUGAUGGGUACGGCUAGAUACAUUAACGCCAUCCCUAUUGAUACAGCACCUCGUAUCCUGGUUCUGGAUGAUGUCAUUGCGUAUUCGAAGUCGGUGACAUACCUAGGAUUGACCAUCUCCAAUAAUCUUUCGUGGGACAGGCAAGUGAACGCGGUGGUCGGAAGGGUUAACUCGGUUGUCUAUGAGCUCAAGCUUUGCAAGGAUUGCUGUCGCAUUGCGUAAGAGGACGUCU